GAUGGAACAUUAAAAGCCAAUCCCAAUUUCAAUGUAGAACAUGAUGUUCAAGUACUAAGGAAGUCAAUGAAAGGAGCAGGUACGGAUGAGAGGGCUAUCAUAGAUGUUUUGGGAUACAGAACGGCUGAUCAAAGACAAAAUAUUAAACUGAUGUAUAAAACAUGUUUUGGCAGAGAUUUGAUGCAAGAUUUAAGGAAUGAUCUAAGUGGUAGAUUUGAAAAUGUCAUGAUUGGUCUGUUAUAUUCUAAAGCAGAGUAUGAUGCAUAUGAAUUGAAGAGAGCGAUGAGGGGUGCUGGAACAGAUGAAGCUACGCUUAUUGAAAUAUUGUGUACAAGAGCUAAUGCUGAUAUACGUGAUAUAAAUGAAGCUUAUAAAAUGAUGUAUAAACGGAAAUUGGAAGAAGAAAUCAUAAGUGAAACCUCUGGUCACUUUAAAAAAUUGCUGGUAUCCAUGACUACUGGAGGAAGACUUGAAAAUCAACAAGUUGAUGAAAAUAAAGCUAUGUCUGAUGCUCAGAGAUUGUAUCAAGCUGGUGAGAAGAGGUGGGGUACUGAUGAAAAUACCUUCAAUAUGGUCUUAGCUUCUCAGAGUUACCCUCAACUACGUGCUGUAUUUGAUGCCUAUAGCAAGAUUUCUAAAAAAGAUAUCGAGAAGGCUAUAAGCAACGAAAUGUCUGGCGAUGUUGCUAAAGGAAUGAGGACUAUAGGUAAUUAUCUUUCUCAACAGAUAUUAAGUAUUAGAUACAAAGGAUGUGCUUCUUUCUUUUUAUACAAUCAUUUAAUGUGCAGUAAAAUAGAAGACACACCUUACAAUUUUUUACCGGUCCAGUUUUAG